ACCAGAAAGCGACACGACCGCGCCCGAGGAGACCACACCACACCGCCUCCUCCGCCCGCCGAUUCGUCGAGCUCGCCCUCCCGCUCGCCUAGCUCCCCUGCCUUUUCCCUUCCUCCCCACCUCCUGCCCCGCGAACGUGCUCCCGCAUGCCACCGCGCUGACGCGCGCGGCGGACGACGGGGUCGGGAUCAUGGACAAGUACGAGGCUGUUCGGGACAUCGGGUCGGGCAACUUCGGGGUAGCGCGGUUGAUGCGCAACCGCGAGACCCGAGAACUCGUCGCCGUCAAGCUCAUCGAACGAGGCCACCGGGUGAUCCUAACUCCAACUCAUCUUGCAAUUGUGAUGGAGUAUGCGGCUGGUGGUGAACUAUUUGAUCGAAUCGUAGAUCGUGGGCGAUUUAGCGAGGAUGAGACCAGGUAUUUCUUCCAGCAGUUGAUCUGUGGAGUGAGCUAUUGCCAUCACAUGCAAAUAUGUCAUAGAGAUUUGAAGCUGGAGAAUGUUCUCUUGGAUGGCAGCCCAGCUCCACGGCUUAAGAUAUGUGAUUUUGGCUACUCCAAGUCAUCAGUACUACAUUCAAGGCCAAAGUCAGCAGUGGGGACACCAGCAUAUAUUGCACCAGAGGUGCUUUCUCGGCGGGAGUAUGAUGGGAAGCUUGCAGAUGUAUGGUCAUGUGGAGUUACUCUUUUUGUCAUGCUUGUGGGAGCCUACCCGUUUGAAGAUCAGGAUGAUCCUAAAAAUAUUAGAAAGACCAUUCAGCGAAUUGCAGCAAUUCAAUAUAAUAUCCCAGACAACAUUCGCAUAUCUGAUGAUUGCAGACAACUCAUUUCACGUAUCUUUGUCAGCAAUCCAUUAAGGAGAAUCACCAUGAGGGAAAUAAAAAGCCAUCCAUGGUUCCUAAAGAACUUGCCGAGGGAGCUCACAGAGGCGGUGCAGUUAUCCUACUUCAGGAGGGACAACAGUGUCUCUGCAUUUUCAGACCAAACAACCGAAGAAAUCAUGAAGAUUGUCAAGGAGGCAAGAACCUUGCCAAAAUCGUCGAGAUCAGGCUAUGGUUACAGUGAAGAAUGCUCAGAUGAGGAGGAAAAGGAAGUGGAGAGCGAACCCAAAGAGGAGGAAGAAGAAGCUGAGUGUGAUAAGACAGUUAGGGAGGUUCGCGAGAGCGGGGAGCUGGAUAUGACCUCACUGCACAUCUAAAUGCUGCCUGUGAGGCUGUGACGUGUCUGUAGAUAAUUGGCUUUAUUGUCUGCUGAAUUUGGUAGAACUUAUGCAAUUCUGGCGUCAGAUAUAGUGGUCUAUAUAAGCCUUUUCCAUCCUGUAAUAUAUUUGUUUUGUUGAACUGUAUGUGUGGUACUCCGUAUAUGGGUUUGUUCUAAGGGAGCAAGGCUUUGUACAGGCACACCUGAUUGUGUUUUUGGAUAGGAAGUUUUACCGUCUGUUUGCACACUGCAGCAAACAUUUUGGAGUUUGUAAGCCAUAUGUUGCGGCAUAUCCAGUAAAAAUGGAUGAAACGCUGCAAAUUCCGUCAAAAUGGCUUGUAUAACUUUGCAAAGAUUGAAGAUAAAAGAUUUUGAAA